ACUACAGCUAUGCUGCCCGAUUCAACUUCAGCUCUUCUUCUCCUGAGCGUCCUCCUUGUUCACUCCUCUGUUCUGUCUUGUCGGAUCGGGACCCAAAGAGAGUGUGAUGCUGCUCCUUUUGUACCAGGCCACAAGAUGGUGGGGAAAGGUUUUGAUAUAGUCAGACUGCAGAGAAAAAGAGCUCGUGUGAUUGAUGUGAAGACUUACCUGAACGCCAGAGAAACCUGCAUUCUCUGCUCCAACCCUCUUCAAAACCAUGCCUACCAAAAACUUCCAUCAUCUGUUGUGGACUGGAGUGCCAGCAGUCAAUGCAGUGCUGACAUCAUCAGCAGUUAUCACACCUCUGUUAGCUCUCUGGUUAAGGCUUACACAUCCCAAGACACCAAUGAUUGGACGUUUGACUUGGAAAUUGAAAAGGUUUUGUUUGACAACUUCGAUGUGGGAGGAACCGGCUACAACGCCUACAAGUUCGCUAAACAACAGAUCGAAGAGGACCGCUACAUUUUCAGCACACACAGUGUCACCUGCAACCAUUAUGAUUUUAUAUUAUCACCCACACCUCCCUUAAGCGUAGAGUUCAAAAAGCAGUUAGACAUCCUGCCAAGUCACUACAACUACUCCACUAGGAAUGAGUAUAGAAAGCUCAUACAAACCUUUGGCACACACUACUUCAGACUGGUUGAACUUGGAGGGCGACUGAGACGACUGACAUCUUCACGAAGUUGCUUGUCCACCCUGAAUGGGUUAACCUCAAGUGAGAUCCACUCCUGUUUAUCUAUGGGCGUUGCUGUUGGCUUGGGGAAGAUGAAAAUCUCUCAUGUCCCGAAGUCUUGCAUGGGUGUCCUACUAAACCAGGACUCUGCCACUAACUUCAGCUCUGGUCUUCACCAACACUACUCAGAGGUGUUAGGAGGAGAUGGUUGGUUGGGGGAGUUUUCAAUUUACAAAAAUGAUUCCACAGCCCACAUGAACUGGCUAAAGAGCCUGAUAGAACAACCAGAUGUUGUUUCGUUCUCCUUUCGACCUCUCUAUCAGCUCGUGCCAAACAAGCUUCAACAGGAAGGGGUGAAAACUGCUAUUGAGCAGUAUUUGAAGGACACUGCUGUGAAGAAAUCACCCCAAGAGCCAGACUGUGAGACCACCACUCCUAAUUUGUCCUCUGACUGCUGCCCUCUGCAUGCCUCAAGGGGAAAUCUAUCAGUGACCAUUGUUCGAGGCUGGAAUCUAUACGGAGAUGUGAUUGGAAAGACUGACGGCUAUGCCAAAAUGUUCUAUGGUUCCAUAUCCCACCAGACCCAAGUGAUUAUAUCCGAUGAACCUCAGUGGAACGCUGAGUUUGAUUUGGGCAAGGUGGACACAAGGCUGGCUCUGAAGAUUGAGGUUUGGGAUCAAGACUGGAAAUAUCACGACCUCCUCUUGGAGUGCAUGAAGUACCUGAGCCAGGGCACUCACACUUUCACAUGCAAAUCAGCGUUAGGAAAUGUUGAGGUUAGAUACACGCUGACCUGUGACCCGUAUCUGACUGGAGAAAAGUGCAGCCUUUAUAAACCAUCUCCUUAGUGACAGGAAAUUGGUGAAUUUUGGGAAUGAAAGCAUUUCAAUUCAUCAUGUAACAUUAACUCACUAAAUCUGAUAGAAACUCACAAUUUAUACUUAAUCACUUAAGUUUGUUAACGACCUAGCUAAAUGUGUAAUUAUCGUACAAUGAAAAAAAAUCAAGAUUCUGUGUAACAUUUAAUCACAAGAAAUAACUACGCUUUAAUAUAUGCAACCAGAAAUUGUGUUCCCUUUAAUGACAAUAAAAUUUUUGAAAUUGCUACAAGU